GUGCCGAGCGCGCUCGCGCGCGACCGUCCCCCUCGCUGCCGUCGUCAUGGUGUCUCCGGUGCAGGUGCUGUGCCUCGUGCUUGUCGCCCUGCUGUGGGGGGGCUCGAACCCCUUCCUCAAGAGGGGAACCGAGGGCAUCGAAGGGGUGCGCGGCGGCGGCGGCGCGGCGCGGCAGUUCUUGGCCGAACUCAGGUUCCUGUUCCUCAACGUGCGGUACCUCGUGCCCUUCCUGCUGAACCAGAGCGGCUCUCUCAUUUACUACCUCACUCUGGCCUCCGCAGACCUCUCGCUGGCUGUGCCGCUCACCAACUCGCUGACCUUCCUCUUCACCCUGCUGGGGGGCGCGCUCCUCGGGGAGGACGUCGGGGGCAAAAGGGCCGUAGCCGGAACGGCGCUCACCGUGCUGGGCGUUGCGCUGUGCGUCGUCAGCUCCGUCAACGAGAGCGGCGGUGCCGGAUUAUAGUCGUCGGCGAACGAGCCCCGGACCGGAGUCGUCUCCGCAGCGAUGAACUGCUGCGCGCGGACCCCCGCGGAUCGCGGAUCGCGCCUUCCGCAGACCCAGACCUGCCGCUCCGGCCACGCUGGAGGAGCGAUGAGUCUUUCGCUCGGUUGCUCUCGUCUUGUACGCAUCGAGCGUUCUGCCUUUUCAGAAACCUUUAUUGUGUGUCAUGUGUUCCACGCUAUGAGAACUAAUAACUACCAGAAGACGCGUGUAUAGAUAGAGCUCAUCUGUGAAAAUAAAACAAAUAGCCGAGCAGUUCUUUUCUUACACGCAGAUGCGUAUAAAAGGUGUAUUGGAUACAAUGCUGAAUAAAACUAUUUUCGUUACCACUGCACAUUUAAUGCUGUUACUGUACAAAAACAGAACUGAAAAUAAAUGUAAAUAAGAGAAUAUAUUUUGUUCAACAGCAGAAAGCUCUUGGAAGCUAAAAUUAGAUUUUUCCAUGUUAGUAUAAACGUCCUUUUCCUAACUUUCUGCUACGUACGUUUCAAUAAAAAGCCGAGAAAACUA